AUGUCAGCGCCAACACCCGAGGCAGUCCUUCAUCUGGCCACUCUCCAUACACUCGCUCAAGCAGGUUUCGCCUCCACUUCCCAAGCGGCUUCCCUCACUUUAUCGACCGUCAUACCCAAACACCUCAAGGUGUUAGCUACAGCAUGUGUGGAACGAGCGACCUUGGCCGGUCGAGGCAAAGUAGCUGCUAUCGACGUCGUAGACGCUCUGGAUGAUUUGGGGGUGAAUGUAGAUGAAUUGAUAGAUUGGGCGGUGGAUCAGAAUGGAGAUCAUUUUGAUGAUACUUCGAUGGGUGGUCUACAAGAUUAUUUGCGGGAAGGACUGAGUGUGGAAGAAGGUAUAGCUCAGAUGAAACUUGUUCCGAAGGAUGAGUUAGAGCAAGCUGACGAGGAUGAAGAGAGGGAAGAGGAGCCGCAGCAAGAUGUUUCUCAAGGUGAUGAAGAUAUCACGAUGGAUCGAUCUCACGAGGACGAAGAGGUCAAGGUCGAACCACAUACAGAAGAAGAAGUGGAAGAAAGACCAUAUAUAUACCGGCAUAAAUCGCCUGAUUUCUCUUGGCUUCCACCUUUACCUUCAACCAACAAUCAAUCUGAACAUAUCCCCAGUUCACCCAAUCCUGAUGAUAUCGAUCAACCGUCAUCCUCCGAAGCUGUAUCUCUUCCUGCACCUUCCCAAUCCAUAGCCGACCGAUAUCGACGUCCAAUCAGCUACGCUUCAUCCCAACUAUCUCAAGCUCAUCCAUUUCAUGAUCCACCUCAACCCCAACCCUCAUCAUCCAUCCCACUACCUCCUGCACCGAGCUCUUUGCCCACUUUGAUAUCUACCUAUGCGUCCAUCGCUUCUGACCCAUCUAUAACACUUCGUCAAACCGAUCUCCGACGUCAGGCAACCGAAUUACUGCGUCAGACCAUAUCGACCGUCGAUUCUUACUCUCCUUCACCAACUUUGACUUCACCUAUCCCACCAGUGAGGGCAAGUUCGAUUGUCCCUUCUCAUUCAGAUAUAUUACCUCAGAAACUUCUACCUGUCAAUCCCAAUUCGAAUUCGACUUUGGGUCCAAAUCGUGGAUUGUUGAGUUCAAUGAUACAUCAAAUCAAUUCACCCAAUUUACCUUAUACCCUGAGAGAAAGAUUAACAUCCCUUAGACCACCGGUAGUUCAAAAUAGGAAUGAUCAGCCAAUCUUCUAUAAUGAUCCUGUGAGAGGUCCUGAUGAAUCAUCUUUAAUGAAAUUUAAAGGCAAACAUAACGCGAAUACCAAGACGGAAGGAGAAGAUGGAGUUGGAGUUGGAGGAGAAGAAGGGAAAGAGAUAUGGUUGAAACAAACUUGGGAUUCAGGUCCAAGGGGAAUAGAUAAAUGGUCAAAACCUUUUUUACCAAAAGGAAAGAAAGUUAUUAUACAGCGUGAAGGUGAGAAGAAACCUAGGAUGGAUCCUGAGGAUAUUAGACGAAUACAGGAACAACAAGAAAGAGAAUUAGAAAAGGAGAAAGAGAGGAUGAAAGAACAGGAGAAUGCGAAUGGGAAAGUAAAGGUUAAUCUGAGAUUACCUAAUUUCAAUGGGAAUAGUUUGAACGAUAGUCAUCAAUCGGUGGGUUCAGCUGGACAACCCAAUGGGAUUUCAAACAUGAAUGCAAGUACAAGUCCGAAUCCAUCUGGUCAAGCUACUACACCAGGAAUCAAAAUUAAACUAGGUGGUGGUGGUGGAUUUAGUAGUAGUAUUACUAGCCCGCAGAAACUGUCGAUAUCAACGAAUAAUGAAUAUCCAAGUUCGGUAAAUCCAUAUUAA